AUGUGGAAAUCGAUCAAAGCUCUCAACCAACACAAGCAAACCUGUGAAGCGACUGUAUGGCACGUUUCUCCUGGUGGUGCCUACAAAGUUUCGCAAACAAUCUUUGAUCUACUGGCCGAUGAAGGUAUCGAGAUCCCUGAAUACCUCGAGUACUUCCCUUACCGUGCCACCUUUGACUUUGAGUGUUAUUUCAAGCGCAAAACUGAACAUCCGCAAAAUACGAGAAAGUUAACCAUGGGAAGCCGAACAUAUCCUGUUGAGUGUCUCUGUGUGUUCGAAUGUCCCUGGUUAUGAUCAACCCAAAUGCUUCGUCUUGUCUGGUAAUACCAAUGAUAUGAUCCAACAGUUCAUGGAAUAUUUGGUUGAGGUCAGCCAAGAAAGCUAUGGAUUGUUGCUAGACCAAUUCUCCGACGUUUUUCGUCAAAUUGAUCAACGAGUCAAUGAGGUAUAAUUCACACAUAUUAGAUUCUUAGUAUAUUUCUUAUCCUUAGUAUUUUUUCUUAUAUCUUUAGGUGAAAACAAGGAGGAAAACAAGGAGGUUAUGAAAGUUGUCUCGGGGAAGGAUAAUGAGGUAAAUUAUAGGAAGGUUAUAUUUGCACUUAUACUCAUGUUUACUUGUAUUCUAAUAUAUCUUAUGUUUUAGCAAAAUACAGAGGAACAGAUGAUUGAGGAAAUGGUGGGAUGUUUGGUGGGGCCGAAUAGCAAGGUAUAUAACAUAAUGUUUGAACUCAACAGUGGUCUUUCCUGUGCUUACCAUAUGUGUUGCCUUUUAGGUAUUGAAGAUGCAUGUGGAGAUGAUGAAGAUGAUGCAAAUAAAGAUAAAGUAAUUGAAGAGUGAGUAAGUAUCACACUUGUGGUCCAUUUUAGCGGUUGUUAUAUAGAUAGUGUUUAUAGGGAUGUGCAAGUAUAUAGCUUUUUACUCAUGACACCUUUUCAUUUAUUUAGGCCGGCCAGAUGUGGUCCAUCCUCUGCUCAAACUCCAAGACAAACUAAUGGAGUACUUGAUGGAGCUACCAGUUCUUGGCUUCAACUCUGGUAAAUACGAUAUUAAUGUGGCAAAAAAAACCUUCUUUUCACAUCUCGUCAAACACAAACAAGUUAAGUUUGUGAUAAAGAGGAACAAUAACCACAUGUGUCUUAAGACUCGAUAUCACAAACUAUCUGGCUCUGGGAUUUAGUUACGAACAAUUCCUUAAGGCUUAUGAGUGCUCCCAGACCAAAGGCUACUUCCCAUACGAAUGGGUCAAUUCCCUCAACAAACUCAAUCAUUGCUCCUUACCACCACACAAAACCUUCCAUUCCACUCUGUCUGGAACUGACAUCACCAAGGAACAGUACGAGUAUUGCCAGGGCGCAUGGGACGAAAAUAACAUGACAACUUUCCACAACUUUCUUGUGUGGUAUAACAACCUUUCUUGUGUGGUAUAACCCCUUCCUUGAAGUGAUUGAUAAAAUGAGCAAUUUCUGGGAAAAAAGGAACAUUGAUAUAUUUAAGGACGGUGCGAGUGUGCCUGGCUUAACUAUGAAAUAUUUAUUUUCCAACAUUCCAGGCACUUACUUCUCCUUGAUCAGCAACAAGGACAAGGAUAUAUUAUUCAAUGAAGGAUAAUAACGUAGGGGGCCCCAGCAUUAUUUUCAACAGGUACCACGAGAAAGAGAAAUCAUUAAUACGUGAAGUAGAAGCACGAGCCAAAGGAAAAGAAUCGAAACCCUGCAAGAAG